CUUCGCCACACUGUGCCUGCCUUCAUUCAGCUGUUGCAGAAUUUAAAGAACCAGGCUGAUUCUGUCUUCGUCUGGCAAACCAUGCACGACUCGGUCACAGAUCCCACUGAGGGAAACAGCAGGACCACAAGACGGCUGCAGCCUGCCCGGCGCUCCUCCUCUGGACCGGCAUCAGCUUUGGCCGUCUUCUGCGUGGGCCUGCUGUGGGGAUCCGGGGGAGGUCUGCUGCUGGGGAGAACAGCUGUCACUCUGCUUCGAUCUCUGGAGCUUCUGGCUGACAGCGGACUGCCGAUUCACAGAUUAGACCACUACAAUGUGGACAUUUAUUUGGCUUCCCAAAAAUUACCACGGAGGACCGGCAGCGACCCGAUGUUUAACACGUACAUAUCAGUACUUUCUGAAGUGUUCGGCCUUUUCACUGCCACCUUGUCAUUUGCAGUGGGAAUCUUUGUCGGCCUGUCGGUGUUUGAUCUGGUCAUUAGAAAACACGGCGACACAGCGAUGGGGACGGCUCUUGCUCUGGCUGGAUCAGGAUGUCUGAUCAGUAUCACUGCAACCGGAUUCCUUUUAGGUGGAGCGUUCGGGGGCUUUCUAGACUUUACGUUCAGCAUUAGUAUCACAGUAUGGUUUUUUAUUUCAGCAGUUUCAUCAUUUUUCCUGACGUUUAUCUUUUCGUUUAUUGCACUUUGCAGCGAUAUCACGGUUGCGUCCAUCGUGUGUUUCCUGACUCCACUGAAUACACCAGUUGUAGUAUUUUUUGUAGUUCUAACGAGUGUUAUGUUUAAAACAAAGUUAGUCCUCGGGGUUGCGCUAAUUCCAUUUGCUAUAUUUGGAAUUAUGAACAAAGGCAGUUAUAAUAUCCAGACGAUCAUCAACCACCUGCCACUCAUGCUGACUCUAACCGAAGUGUUCAGCUUAGCGAAGCUGCCAGUUAUUACCCUACAGUCACAAACAAACAAAGGAAAUACUGUCCUGGAGGGCAUUUUCACUGGAGUUUUAACUUCUUAUUUCCUGAUGGUCGCUGUGGGAAUGACAUUAUUUGUGUCUUUUCAGAAGGGAGGAGCAGCUAAAGCCUGUGCUGGUGCCGUGGCUUCAGGUGUGGCAGCUAUCGCUGUGAUCGAGGCUGUUCUGCCGGUUGUGGGUCCAGGUCCCUCUGUCGGAGCUCUGAUGGGGGUGGCAGGGGCAGUAGGGGUAACUCUUGCUGCAGCUGGGGCAACAGUAGAUUCCUAUGGAGAGGACAGGGGGUGCUGUAGAUUGGUAGGAAGGGUGGGGGUGACAGUUGGAGCAGCUGUAGGAGCGUUUCUAACUUCAUGUACCAACAGCGGCCUGUCAGCGAUCUUCAUGGCUCUGUGUGCCGCUUCCAUUCCCACAGGGCUCCACCUCACAUCACUACUGUCAAUCUUUCAUUGGCAUCAAAAAUGCUGGAAGCGGAGCUUGUGCUUCAUCAUAGUAAUAGCCAUUUUAUCGUUAAUAUGGGUGUAUCUGACCUGCACUCAGUUCGGUGCGAUUGUCCUCGCAGUGUUGACCAUCAUAAUUCUGAUGUCAAUAAUUUUGCAUAAUUGUUUGAAUUGGUUUUCAGAAUAUUUCAAAUCUACUUAGGAAGUCACACUGAAGCCCUGUUUACAUGAAUGUUUAAAACAAUAUCAGUUUACUUUGCAUGUUGGGCCACUAGUGGGUGCUGUUGGUUGUUUUUGUCAAGUCUUUCCAGCAAGUGUCAUUUUCGUCAAUGUCAAAUUACUUUUUAAAAAAGUUCCACCUUGGGAGAUAUUCUUGAGCUAUCAUCAAUGAUAAUGAUACAUUAAAGAGGCCAGUGUUUUUCAGUGUCUCUGCUCAAGUUAAAUGUUUCUUUAAAGGCAUAAACAGAGCAAAUGGAAAAUCUCCUUUCAUGUCUUUUCUUUAUUAGUGCUUGAUAUUAAAGUGAUCCAACAGUAACUAAAAGUAACUUGAUGGUUUGAGCGAGUUACGGAUUACAUUUUUUCAAAAGGUAACUCAUAUGUAAUGGAUGUUGCACUAAAAAAAUUACAAUAGCUCUAAGUUACUGACUGUAUUAACGGGAGGACAGGACGAAGUGCAGGCAGGGAGACGGCUGACUCAGCGUCCCUCUGCAAUGUCAGCUUAUCAUUUGUGUGUCCUCAGGGUCCGUGGUGAAUGUUUGUAACACUCCCAGGUAUGAAGUGUUGUGCUGGGAGUGGUGGUGACCCUCAUCUCUCCUUCACACUGGCUUUGCAUUGCAACUUUACAGCUCUGAGGCACUAGGAGAUACCGCAGAGCGUAGUGAGGACAUGUGAUAAGCCCCGCUCAAUGAAACCUGGAAAACAGAACUGAUGAAACACUGUUUCAGGGUCUCAUUUCUAAAUACAGCAAAACAUGUGUAGAAGACUGCCAACACGCACAGUCUUCUACACAUGUUUCAGGAAUUACUUUAUUUUUAUAAUGUGUUCAAAAGCAAAGCUCAGAAUUUACUUCAGCCACAAUUAGAGUUUGAGUCAAAUUAGUGAUGAGAGGAAAAACAAUUUCCUUCUCCUCACACAAGAAAAAGAAAGAAUCUUCAAGAACUUUCGAGUCGGAAUUCAGAAUAAAAUUGCUGGAGGAGGCGUGUCUCCACAUAAGAGCACAUGCUGAAGAAUAUAAGGAAAACUAAAGAUGGGCUUCAUUAAAUUAUGCAUUAAAAAACACUUUAAGUGUAUUAGCAAGUGAAAAAUGUGCUGUAAAAGUGUAGUGUUUUGCAAGUGGUGAACA